CACCAUCUCCACCUCCCAAGACCACCGCUUACAACAAACCUUAACUCUUAAACUCAACGAAUCUUCAUCACCACCCUGCCACAAGACUAUUAUCAGUUUUUCGCCCGUUUAUUCAAUUCUAACGCCAAACAAAACAUGACAGAAGACAGCGCUCCUAGGGUUUCCUCCGACCACUCCGCCCUCUCGACGGACGCUUGCCAAAUUAAGCAAAGGAAAAAGAGGAAGUGGGAUCAGCCUGCGGAGUCGUUAGUUAACUACCCGUUGGGCAACAUGGGAUCCCUUGUUGGGGUUCUGCCGUCGGGCGUGGCUCCAUCUGUCUCUGCUGCUGCCGCAUUUUUGACAAAUCCAAUAGGGGCUAGUGGUGUGGCCAUUCCACCUGUGGCGCUUCAGGGCCCUUCUGUGCCGAAAUUAAGUCAGCCUAAGAUUCAAGAUGAGUUAAUAAUUGCACGAGAAAUUGUUAUAAAUGAUGCCGAAUCUUCUGUUCGCUACAAACUUACUAAACGCCAAACACAGGAGGAGAUUCAGAAAUGCACUGGUGCUGUGGUAAUAACUAGGGGUAAAUAUCGUCCACCAAAUGCACCAACUGAUGGAGAAAAGCCAUUAUAUCUUCACAUAUCUUCUGGGGCUCAUUUGAAAGAGACAGCAGAAAGGAUUUUGGCGGUUGAUCGUGCAGCUGCCAUGGUUGAAGAAAUGCUGAAGCAGGGUCAGAAUGGUUUUCCCACUUUGCUAAGUAUGAGCAACGGGGUGAAGGAACUCAGCACAUGUGUGUUUUUAAGCUUUGAGCCUGAUCCAUCAUUGAACAUUGCUGCUCGUAUUCGUGGACCAAAUGACCAGUAUAUAAAUCACAUUAUGAAUGAAACAGGAGCAACUGUCUUAUUAAGAGGGCGUGGUUCGGGUAACUUUGAAGGCCUGCAUGGCGAAGAUGUGCAUCAACCACUGCAUUUAUUCUUGUCCAGUAGCAAUCCUAAAAGUCUGGAAGAUGCAAAGCGUUUGGCUGAGAAUCUUUUGGAUACAAUUAGUGUAGAGUGUGGUGCCUCCAGGGUUUCAUCAUCCAAAGUCUAUAAUGCUGUUCCACCCCCACAACAGUUAUUGUCUGGCAUUCAGAGUAAUGGGGAUGAACAAAAACUAAAUGCAACUUCUGGUUCUGGAUUGACAUCAACAGUGAGCAUUGCACCAGUUCCUGCAGUUUCUUCUGUUACCGCCCCUGGGGUUGCUACUGUCUCUUCUCAAGGCACUCCGGUACAGUCUGGAGGAAUGAUGAACCGUGCACAGCCCCAACAAAAUAUGGUUGGUUACCCCCAGCCUAUAUUAACUGGAGGAACAAGCUAUAGUGGAUAUGAAGGGAUAUAUCCUCAGGCAACACCUUUACAGCAAGUUGCCCUAGCCCUCAGACAUUCAUCUGCUCCCAUCACCUCAUCAGUCACUCCAGCAACAUCAGUCACUCCAGCAACAGCAGUCUCAAACCCAGGAACAAAAUCAAAUAUUAGUUUCACGUCUGAGAAGGAGAAACGGCCUCCACAGAAGAGAAAGUUUCAGGAGUUACCAGUUGGUUCCAAGGGCCCUGCAAAACUCUAUCAGGGAGCAGAACUAUUAAACCCAAGUGAACUAUCAGCUGAUGUGGAGUUGAGAAAUGUAUCAAGUAUGCCGGCUCCAAAGAGGUUGGUCCAGUCAGCAGUCAAUGGAAUGCCCCCUCCGCCUCUAAGAAGCAUGCCCCCACCACCCCCACCAAAAUUUAUUUCAUCAACACCUGCUCCUAAAUUUCAGGACAAGGGCAGAAGUUUGAAUAAAAUGCAAUCUGAAAAUAUCCCUGUUGUUUCAGAUACUCUGGUCAAGCUGAUGGAAUACGGAGAAGAUGAUGAUGACCUGGAGGAAACCGGCGAAGAAUCCCUUACCUCUGACUCCUCAUUUAGUCUCAACUCAAAUAAAGUAGCUGUUAGAAAACCAUUUUGGGCUUUAUGACUUAUUCAGCUGGUGGAUUAUUGGAAGUGGAAGUGCUUCUUUUGGGCUUUGUUCUAAUCAUGUAUGAGUGGAGCUUGUGAAGUUGUGUAGAAUUUGGACGGGAGCGUGUAACGAAGUCAUGUGUCGUAUAAUUCUCCUUCUUGCUGUACGACAUUCCUAAGGUUUGAAUGUUGUGGUGUUGGCUGUAAUGCGGUUUAGGGAGGCGUGGAAGAUUGUUGUAUUUUCUUGGGCUUAGGUGUACAUUAGUAGUUUUUCCAUUGUCUUGCCGUUAGGAGUAGAGUUUUAAUCAUUUGCCAACUCAUGUGGUAACAAAGCGUUGGCAGAAGACUCGGGAAUAAAAAGUUAGCUGCCAAAAUAUCUGAAGCAAGAUGUAUGACACACCUUUGAAACUGCAAAAUUAAAAUAGUCUUUUCAACAUUUUGAGUUUAAUUCAAUGCUGAUGAUUACUAAUUAUCUUCUUAA